CUUUUCGCGGACUCAUCUUGGACUCAUCUUCAACUCACGAACUCUGGGACGCACGACGAACAUGGACGACACUCUGGAACAGCCUAAUUCUGUCCCAGUUACUGAGCAGAUUGACCGAGAAGAGGAUGAACAGUCAUCAGGCGAUGAAGACCAGGGGCCAGAUUGGACGAAGCUGCCCUCUCUUCCCACUGCGCGACCCUUCAUCCCGAAACGUGGAGAGAAGGACUUUGAGCCUACUACUGCGGGAGGCUCUGGCUUGCAGCGCCAUGUGUUGGACCGUUCGAGACAUGCGAUGCUGGAAGCCUUGUCUGCACCGCGUACCAUCUCUAGCAAGUCCAUCAGUUAUGCUGUCUGGCAUCCAGACAUUGCCCGAGCGCAUGUCACCGUGAGCAGAGGCAUCCACUUCGCAAGCAUGGGUCAUUCCGUGGCAAGGACGGGGACGGUAGACGACGGCGCGAAGAAAAUUCAUAAGAGACUCGAACUGCUACCUGAAGAAAUUCUUUACCUCGUAGAAAGAGGUGCAAUGCUUUGCUGGAAAGCCUGCGAUCUGGCACCGGCAGACAUCCCAGGCCUAGAGACCGUCGACGGCGUCCCCAUGACCGUUCAACAGGCCUUCGCUGAGGUAAUAGGGACGGAAGACCUCACGCUCGAGAAGUAUCAGGUGUUUGCAUAUCUGAAAAGGCUAGGGUAUGCAGUUACGCGUACCAUACCGCCCAAUGCCGACUAUCCCGUCCCACCGCCUCCUGAACAGCCUCAAAGAACGUCAAGAACAUCGUUUUUUGACAGAGUUCUGUUCAUAAUGCGGUGGCCGCUCCGCGCUCUGAUGCACCUGUUAGCGCCGCGAUUUGACUGGUGGCGACCAAUUCGGCUCAGUUGCCUUCACGGAAACUCAUUCCGGUCCCUGCGCUUCCUGCCGGGUGGCCAUGAUGUACCUCUGCACGUCAAAGCACCUCCACGGGCUCCCGUCUCUCCGUAUCAGAUAUUCUACAACGUCUGCAAGCCAUCCACACCCUUCAAAAAGACCGCGCCUCCACCGCCCGACUACUCGGUAGUGGUUGUCAACGCGCGGCGCACACCCAUGCCUACGCUGUCGGAGUUGACUGCCUUAUUCGACGUGCUGCCAGAACUACCACCGCCUCUUCCUCGCAAGCGUCAGCCUUUCGCUCAGCAGAAAUCUGUCGGUGCUGGUCCUGCACCGCCCCCAGCAUCUGCCCCGAAGACGAUGCCAUCUCCCUCUAUGAUGCAGAGACUCUUUCCUUGGGCGUUCUCGUCACCGGCGCCCGCAGAGACGACGCGCAAAGUCAACCCAUUCCUGUCGUUGAAGACAGGGAAGAAGAUGGUUGUUAUUGCAGCUGUUGACGCAGGCAUGAUCAGCUUCUUCCGCUUCGGUGAAGGUGUGUUCACGGAAUGGCCCAUGACAUGAUGCCCUCAAUCUGUCAUGCUGGCGUCCUCUUCAAUAAAUCACCAUGUGGUGGUCGUUUAGGUUUACUGUGAAACACAUUUUUGUCAUCAUGAAUUCUGCCGCAUAUGCCAUCACCAAGGGCAGUGUGACUCGAAUGCAAUCUCGUCCUCGGUACAACCUCGGUCGACUGGAAGUGAUUCCCAGCCCUG